GAGAGACUGAGAAAUGUAUAGAGAUCUUAACAAAAGUUUGACCAUCAGAGUUUGUAACAGGACGACAUGUGAGAGUAAAAGAGAGUAAAUGUUGCCUCAGACAAAUUGUCACAAGAGUGGAACAAGAAAGAGCAACACGAGAGCAUUGCAAGUUGCUGCCCCUCUUCCUUGUUUGUCUUGAGUGUGUGGUGGGGUGGGUGUGCAUGUGUGCGCGUGUGUGAAUGAGUCUAGGCUGGAUGCCUGCUCUCCCUGUUUCCCAUCAACAUAAAGUGAGAGCAGAUGGAAGACUGAGAAGCGAGAGAAAGGAGGAGGAGAAAGAGAAAAUAAGAGGGCGAGACAAAGAGGAGACUCUUUAGCUGACUUUUUGAUGAUCGCUGGCUGGAGAAAUAAGUCCCACACUAGACCUACACACACUACGAUGUCACCGUAGGACACUUACGAGAAAUCAUGAUUAAUCCUUGAAAAGGAAAAGGGACGGAGAGGGAAGACAUGUCAUUCUUUGGCUUAGACUGCACACGGAAGAAAGAAAGAGAGGAGGAGAGGAAAAUCAGAGCAAAUGACAGAGAAUAUAACUUAUCCUUCAAAUAUGCUACCAAUUCCAUCAAGACCUCCAAAUACAAUCCCUUCACAUUUCUGCCUCUCAACUUGUUUGAGCAGUUCCAGAGGAUCGCUAAUGCCUACUUCCUCUUCCUGCUCAUCUUACAGGUUAUUCCUGCUAUUUCUUCUCUGUCCUGGUUUACCACGGUUGUCCCUCUAGUCUUAGUAUUAUCAGUGACUGCAGCCAAAGACGCCAUCGAUGAUAUUAAUCGCCACAGAAGUGACAGAAAGGUGAAUAACCGUAAAGUGAAUGUGCUCAUCAGUGGAAAACUGAUAAGCGAGAAAUGGAUGAAUGUGCAAGUGGGAGACAUCAUAAAGCUGGAGAAUAACCAGUUUGUCACAGCAGAUUUGCUCCUGUUGUCCAGCAGCGAACCUCUCAACUUAAUCUACAUUGAGACUGCGGAGCUGGACGGAGAAACCAACCUGAAGGUUAAACAGGCUCUGACUGUAACAGGAGACAUGGGGGACAAUUUAGAGGCUUUGGCUGCAUUCAAUGGGGAGGUGUGCUGUGAGCCUCCUAACAAUCGUCUGGAUCGCUUCACGGGCACGCUGACGUUCGACUCGCAGAAAUACUCGCUGGACAAUGAGCGAGUCCUGCUCAGGGGCUGCACGCUCAGAAACACUGACUGGUGUUUUGGCCUGGUGCUGUUUGCAGGCCCAGACACCAAGUUGAUGCAGAACUGUGGGAAGAGCACCUUUAAGAGGACGAGUAUCGAUCGACUUAUGAAUGUACUGGUGCUCUUUAUUUUUGGGCUUCUGGCUCUGAUGUGUAUUAUUCUGGCUGUGGGGAAUUGGAUUUGGGAAAACCAUGCUGGGUCAAAGUUCAAAGCCUUUCUUCCACGAGAAGAGAACACUGUGUUUUCAGCGUUUCUCACUUUUUGGUCCUACAUAAUAAUCCUCAACACUGUGGUGCCCAUCUCACUAUAUGUCAGUAUGGAAGUGAUUCGGUUAGGUAACAGUUACUACAUUAACUGGGACAGGACCAUGUAUCAUGCACAAACUGACACGCCAGCUGAGGCUCGAACCACAACACUCAAUGAAGACCUCGGUCAGAUCAAAUACGUCUUCUCAGACAAAACUGGCACGCUCACCCAGAACAUCAUGACCUUCAACAAAUGCUCCAUUAAUGGGAAAUCUUAUGGAGAUGUUAUUGACCACUAUAGUGGACAGAGACUGGAGAUCACGGAGGAAAUGACACCAGUGGAUUUCUCCUUUAACCGGCUUGCGGACCCCAAAUUCCUCUUUUAUGAUCACAGUCUGGUAGAGGGUGUAAAACUGGAGCUUCCAGACGUUCAUGCUUUCUUCAGAUUACUCGCUCUCUGUCACACUGUCAUGGCAGAAGAAAAAAGGGAGGGUGAUCUGGUGUACCAGGCCCAGUCUCCUGAUGAGGGUGCUCUGGUUACGGCUGCACGUAAUUUCGGCUUUGUUUUCCGCUCACGCAGUCCUGAGACAGUGACAAUAGAGGAGAUGGGGGUUCAGAGGAGCUAUGAGCUGCUAGCCAUCCUGGAUUUUAACAAUGUGCGAAAAAGGAUGUCUGUAAUUGUUCGUAAUCCAGAGGGCAAGCUCUCCCUGUACUGUAAAGGAGCAGACACCAUCAUAUAUGAGCGACUACAUCCCUCCUGCAGUGAAGUGAUGAAGGUCACCACAGAGCACCUCAAUGAGUUUGCUGGUGAGGGGUUGAGAACUCUUGUUCUAGCAUAUAAGGAUUUGGAUGAGGAAUAUUUUUCAGAGUGGAAACAGCGCCACCAUGAGUCCAGUGUGGGUCUGGAGGACCGGGAGGAGAACCUGGAGAAACUAUAUGAGGAAAUAGAAAAAGAUAUGAUGUUAAUUGGAGCCACAGCCAUAGAGGAUAAACUUCAGGAUGGAGUCUCUCAGACGAUUGAACUGCUGGCCAGAGCAGAAAUCAAAAUCUGGGUGCUCACUGGUGACAAGCAAGAGACCGCUGAGAACAUUGGCUACUCGUGUAACCUGCUGAGGGAGGAGAUGAACGACGUGUUUAUUGUUGCAGCGAACUCACCAGAGGAGGUCAGACAGGAGCUGAGGGAUGCCCGUCUAAAGAUGUGUCCUGAUACUGAACAAGACAAAUUCCUCAUUCCUGAGAUUAUCCUGGGUAAUACUCCAAAAGUGGUUGAGGAUGAAAACGUGAACGGAGAGUACGGCCUGGUGAUAAAUGGACACAGUUUGGCGUUUGCUCUGGAGAGCAACAUGGAGCUGGAGUUUUUGCGGACGGCUUGCAUGUGCAAGACGGUCAUCUGCUGUCGGGUGACUCCUCUGCAGAAAGCUCAGGUGGUGGAGCUGGUCAAGAAAUACAAGAAAGCAGUCACUCUAGCGAUAGGAGAUGGAGCUAAUGAUGUCAACAUGAUUAAAGCUCACAUUGGUGUGGGUAUCAGCGGUCAGGAGGGGAUGCAGGCUGUGCUGUCUAGUGACUUUUCUUUUGCUCAGUUCCGUUUCCUGCAGCGCCUCCUGCUGGUACAUGGGCGCUGGUCAUACCUGCGCAUGUGCAAGUUCCUGCGGUACUUCUUCUAUAAGAACUUCACCUUUACCUUUGUGCAUUUCUGGUACGCAUUUUUUUGCGGCUUUUCUGCUCAGACAGUAUAUGAUGAAGGCUACAUCACUUUGUAUAACUUGGUAUACACUGCCCUGCCUGUUCUGGGAAUGAGUUUGUUUGACCAGGAUGUGAAUGCUGGCUGGAGUCUCGAGUACCCUCAGCUGUAUUUGCCAGGACAGUUGAGCCAGUACUUCAGUAAACGUGCUUUCAUGAUGUGUGCACUUCACAGCUGGUACAGCUCUCUAGUGCUGUUCUUUGUGCCUUAUGCUGCCACAUAUGACACUGCGAGAGACGACGGCAAAGAUGGGGCAGACUAUCAGUCAUUCGCACUGAUUACUCAAACCUGCCUCACCGUCACUAUGUGUGUACAGCUGGGACUGGACCUCUCGUACUGGACUGUUGUUAACCAUAUCUUUGUUUGGGGAAGUUUGGGAAUGUUCUUCAUACUGACCUUCGCCAUGUACACUGAUGGACUUUUCCAGUUACGUCCAUCUUCUUUUGCGUUCAUAGGAACUGCCAAAAAUUGUCUUAACCAGCCCAACGUGUGGCUGACUGUUGUAUUGACGGCUAUACUGUGUGUGCUGCCUGUGGUUGCAUACCGGUUCAUCUACAGCCAGAUCUCUCCUACCAUCAAUGAGAAGGUGAGACAUAAGGUGUGUCAGAUGAAGGAACCUGCUCCUCGUCCGCGCCGCACCAGGCUCAGCCGAAGGAGCACACGUCGCUCUGGUUAUGCCUUCUCUCACGCCCAUGGUUAUGGUGACCUUGUGACCUCUGGCAGAUUUCUGCGGCGAAAUGCGCUCACUAGCUCCACGGGAUUGAUUCCCACAGGACGCUCUCCUGGCUUCAAGCCCACAGGAUGGUCUGCGUGUUACAGCCCGGUCGGGCGAGAACAAAACCCCAAACAGAAAGUAGAACCAACGUCACUGCAGCUGUUUCGUGCGGUUAAAGACUCUUUGUUUUGAGGGUGCAGCUUUUUAAACUGAGCUAGAACCAAAAUCUUAAAUGCUUGUUUAUAGGGUUUAAACUCUUGGGGACAAUUUCACAGCUGCUGUGUUAUGUCAAUAUGUAUAUAGCAGAAUAUAUAUACUCACACUAAGAACAAUAGACUUGAUUCCUAAAAGUACUAAAUCUUUUUUGGGAGUGUGCAUGGACACACUUAUCACUCAGAAUGCAAGUGUGGUUUGCAGCAUGAACAAACUAAAAUAACCAUCAUCCAGAAGGACAGAGAUUACUUGUCCUGUCAUCAGUACUAUAGAAGCGACAGACAAACUCGACUGUAAAAGUGAAAAAAACAAUAACACGCCUAUGAUGUCACAGAAGAAGUCAUGAGUGAUGUAUUUCCUGUACUCUUCCUCUUCCGGGUGCUAUGUCCACUAAUGCAUUUGACUGUCUUUGAGUCCUGAGUUAAAUAUAUCCCACACAUAACAUUGUUAAUUUCAUUACUCAAAGGGGUCAUGUCAUAUUUUUAUCCUUUCCCUGAGGUCCAUUUGUAAUGUUUAUCAAACAGUCCUAAUUUAGUUCCCCCGUCCUCUCAAGGCCUUUAGGAUCAAAAAGGCCUUUUUGGUACUAUACCUUAAAGAGCUCAAUAUAAGAGCCUUCUUAGGAUGUGACAUGAUGGCCUAUUCACACCAAGAAUGUUAACUAUUUCAUUAACUGUAUUAGGGUCUACACCAGCACAUGAUAAUAUUGUUUACUAAAAGUGUGUGCUACAGUUUUGUUGUCUGCCACUUUAAAUGCUCUAGCUCUUUAAAGGAUGGAUUUUGUUUGGCUGUCAAUGUCUUUGUUUUUUUUUGUUUGUUUUUUUAUCAGCUGGGGAAAUUAUUUUGCAAGUAAUUAAUUAUUGUUAUAGUGUGUGCUGUGCUGUCCUUUUUAGAUUCAUUUUUAAAACAAUAUCUGCAUUGUUGAUGUUAUCAUUGUUGUGAAUGGUCCUUAACAGUCCAAUGAAAUGGUUCUCUACUCUUAUCUUUACCAGCUUGUUACCAGCAAGAACAAUCGUAUCCAUUAUAGUAUCAAUCCCACUUCCUCCUCAUUAUUUUACUGUGAUUAGGCAGUCCAAGUUGCUAAAUGUGAAAGGUAUGUGUUAAUGUAUUCAUCACUUUGACAACACAAAGUCACAGCUUCCAGAACAAGACAUUUUUGCAGCUUUGUUUCUAUACAUGCUUUUUCUUUGGACUAGGACAAGGGUAUAGACUUCUGAAUGUUUCAUUAUGUUUACAUCCCCAAGUCGUAUAUUUCAAAAGAUCAAGGAAGCACCCAUUUUUCAUGUCGUGACUUCAUUAUGUCAGAGAUAAUAAGAAAUAAAGGGAGACCAAUGUGAACAUAUUUAUAGUAUUAAAUACUGAGUGCCUUGCAAAAGACUGUGAAUUAAAGAUCAAUGUUAGCACAAAGAGUUCUUAUGGUUCGGGAACAUACAAGUGUAUUUUCAGUGCAGUAAAAUACAUUUUAAUUUAGCUUUUACUCGGUAUACUAAUAAACAUCACAUUCAUACUCUAAUUGUACUAUGCAAAUCCUGUAAAAGCAAAAACAUUUUGUACAAAUAAACUACUUUUUUAAAUAUUGUAUAAAACUUU